AUGUUCCGGAAGAUGAAGAAGCGUCACAGCAGCAGCAGCUCCCAAAGCAGUGAGAUCAGUACCAAGAGCAAGUCUGUUGACUCUAGUUUGGGAGGUUUAUCCAGGUCCAGUACAGUUGCCAGCCUUGAUACAGACUCCACAAAGAGUUCAGGCAACAGUACAUCAGAGACCUGUGCUGAGUUCAGGGUUAAAUAUGUGGGAGCAAUUGAAAAGCUGCACUUUGACAUGAGCAAGACCCUCCAGGAACCAUUGGAUCUAAUAAAUUACAUAGAUGCAGCUCAGCAAGAUGGUAAGCUGCCGUUUGUGCCUGGAGACGAGGAGAUGAUCCUGGGAGUAUCUAAGUAUGGAGUCAAAGUGGCCUCCUUGGAUCAGUGUGAUGUCUUGCAUCGCCACCCGCUCUACCUGAUAGUGCGUAUGCUGUGUUACGAUGACGGUCUAGGUGCAGGGAAGAACCUCUUGGCACUGAAAACCACUGAUGCCAAACAGCAAGAAUGCAGCAUUUGGGUUUACCAGUGUAGUAGUGCGGAGCAGGCACAGUCCAUUUGCAAAGUGUUGUCUGCAUCUUUUGACUGUGUGCUGGCUUCAGAGAAGUCCUGA